AUGCAAAAAAUGCCUGAGGAACUUAAGGAAAAACGUCCGGUAGACCAGCAAGCAUCUGUAGAAACUGCUGAAAGAAAGAAUCAUAAGCGUCGGAGGAGAAACUACGACGAUUACGACGUGCAAGUGGACAAGGAUAACUCUACUGACAAGGACAAAGCUACGAAAGUUACCGAAAAUGGCGAAGAAGAUAAUGAAGAGAGCGACAUUGAUGAUGAGAAAUUGGAUAUGAUAGAAUCUAAGGAGGAUGAGGAAGAUGAUGACCUCGCAGAAAUUGAUUCUGCCAAUAUAAUUUCCGGUGGUCGUCGUACAAGGGGUAAAGUAAUUGACUACAGGAAGACCGCAGAAGAACUCGCAAAGGAAAAUGGCGGCGCGUUAAGUACCGAUAGUUCAGACAGCGCAUCUCCGGAGACAGCAAAGGAUGCUGCAGCUGAAGGAGAUGAAGAAGAGGAAGACGAUGAGGAAGACGACGAUGCUGAAUACGAAGCAUCUGCCGCUGGAGGCAAAUGA